AUGGUCCUUAAACCCUCAGCAGGAUCGGUAUCUGCUCCCUUGUACAAUGAGGAACAGGAUGAGCACUGCCAGACCCUACAAAGUGACCUCCAGCAGGUCACUGUGGGAUCUGGGUUCCUCCUGGUCCACGACAACCCUCAACCUUAUGUGGCUGCAGUAUGCAAGCAGUUCCUAAAGGAGGAAGGAAUUGAUAACAUUGACUGGACCCCACGUUCGCCUGACCUAAACCCAAUAGAGCACCUCUUGAACAUUAAUGCCCUGGUCCAGAUCUGGGAGGAGAUCCCCCAGGACACCCUCCAUCAUCUUAUUAGGAGCAUACCCAGGCGUUGUAGGGAGGUCAUACAGUCUAUUAUGUCCUACAACGGAGGGGCCGUCAUGGCCAUGAGGGGGAAGAACUGCGUGGCCGUCGCAUCUGACCUCCGAUUCGGCAUCCAGGGUCAGAUGGUUACGGCAGACUUCGAGAAGGUCUUCCCCAUGGGCGAGAGGCUAUACAUCGGAUUAGCCGGGCUGGCCACUGAUGUUCAGACAGUAUCUCAGAGGCUAAAAUUCCGAUUGAACCUUUACGAGCUGAAGGAGGGUCGCCAGAUCAAGCCCAAGACUUUCAUGAGCAUGGUGUCCAACUUACUCUAUGAAAGGAGGUUCGGGCCCUACUACGUCGAGCCUGUGAUUGCCGGGCUCGAUCCGAAGACCUUUGAGCCCUUUAUCUGCUCCUUGGAUUUGAUCGGAUGUCCCAUGGUGACCGAGGACUUUGUCGUGAGCGGCACUUGCUCGGAGCAGAUGUACGGCAUGUGUGAGUCUUUGUGGGAACCGGAGAUGGAACCCGAUGACCUGUUUGAGACCAUCUCGCAGGCCAUGCUGAACGCCGUUGAUCGGGACGCAGUGUCCGGCAUGGGUGUAGUCGUACAUGUCAUCGAAAAAGAUAAGAUCACCACAAGAACGUUGAAAGCGAGGAUGGAUUGA